AUGAUCACAACAAGCGGGGAGGCCGCGGACGCGGCAGGAGCCCGGCGGAGGAGCUGCCCGGUGGAGGAGCCUCAGCUCGGAGGAGCUGAAGAAGGGCCAGAAGAAUUGGCUUCGGGGCCGGACUGGUCCCCCAACGAGGAGAGCGUUGCCCAGCAGGCAGCUGAGACAGAGAGGAUCUUAGCUAAGCUGCUGGAGGAGCCAGAGGAGCCACCAAAGAAGAGAAAGAAGAGAGAGGAUAAGCCCCCAGAGCCGAAGAAGCCGCCGCGCAAAGGGUGGAUCGUCAAUAGAUCCACAGAGGCUUCAGCGUCGGACUCGGACACCUGGGGCAACUGGCGAUCUCCUUUGAUCGCCCUGGCAGCCCCGUCCUCAUCGCAUCCGGAGGAGAAGCCCGAGAAAGCAGGCAAGGGAAAGGGCAAAGGCAAGAAGGGCGAGAAGAAGAAGAAGAGCAAGGCGCCCUGGCCCCGCGUGCAGGAGAACUCAGCCGGUAAGUGGAAGGACGGACGCCGGUCCAAGGAGGCGAGGUCCUACCGGUUCCUGCGGGGCUUGGUCAAGUUGAACUUGAAGCGCAACAACCCGAUCCCGCCUGCAGUCCAGGAAGCCCUCGAUAAGUUCGAGGAAGAGUACGGCUACGAGGUGCCCGUUCCCAAAGGCUUUGGCAGGAACGUGCAGCCAAAGACCCCUCCAGGUGGUCCAAGGCAAAGGCCAAAGCGGGAGUUGACCGGCCGUAAGAGAAGGCCGACCAGUGGAAGCACCUCGGAGGAGGAGGAGCCCACUGCCAAAGCAGCCGCAGCAGCUGAGGAAGCAGCAGCACCAGGCACUGAGCCAAUUGCAUUGCUGCCGGAGGUGGCAGCCGCGGCGAAGUCUGCAGGCCGCGUGAUAAGUGUGGCGCUAGCCACGCAAGAGGCAGCACUGCGCAGAGUGCGUGCAGGCAAAGCCACCCCCAGCAACUACCGCCUGAGGAACGCGGCAAUCGCUCAGGAAAUUGCCGAGAGUAAAUCACCGGCUCAGGGAACAGCCGGAGCUGCUACGGCAGCGAUCAGGGCCCAGGUGUUGGCCCGUGACAGCCUAGCGAAGGCUUGCAGCUCGUGCGACGAGAGGCACCGCGCCCAAUACCCAUGGGUGUUGGAGCGUGCGGCGCGCGUCGCGAGCCAAGGCAAGGGCGCGAAGGGCGCGACGCCUAUCGCACCUGCUGCUGUCACCGCUGCAUCAAAGGAGCAGCCUGAGGAAAAGCCGGGUGAGGAAGUGGCCAAAAGCAGCAAAGGCCCACCGGUGUUCCUCAAGCCCAAGCAGAAGCCACCGGGAGCUCCGCAGCCUAAGUGGUCCGGAGUCCGCUUUCCGACUGAGCAGGUCAGCUCCAUCAUCGCGGCCUUCGUGGCUGCCAAACCCGCUGGCUUCAGCAACGCUGAGGCUGCACUCUACGCGUUCAUCUACUUCGGCAUUUGCUCGGAGGCAGCGUGGCAGGACAGCAAAGGUCCGGGCAGCUUGCGUACGAACUUGAUUGACCAGCUCUAUGGUUUUGACCUGCAGCAGCUGAGCAACGAUGUUCCAGUUCUCACUGCACUUCGAGCCUCGAAGCGAGCACGGCGGUCUUUGUCAGACAGGCGUGCUGGUCGCUUCUGCGAGAGACGGGGACGGCAGGCCGCGCGGGAGCGGAGCAAGCCACUGCCACUGACCUGCCGCUGGCGGAGACGGAUUGGCUCCUACACAGUGGAAAUCCCUGGUGUGACCUCAUCCAUGUACCAUGCCUCCGCGGAUGAUGUGGGCAUGCAGAUCAUUUGUCUUGCUGAGCCAGAAGGCCAGAGGCACUUGGGGAUGGCGCAGGCCACCAUUGGGCCUUUCGAGCUGGAUCCAAUCACCCGCAUGAGCUUGGAGAACAUCGUCUCCAGCGGUGCCAGCCGUUUCCCAGUGAGGCAUUUCCGCGACCAGAACGAUCCUCACCCGCGCGACCUGCAGAUCCACGUCACGCAGGACCAUGUGAAGGUUGUGCACCCCGGAGCGGGCCGCGGAAGUGGCGAGGUGAUGGCGCCAUACUCUGCAGACUAUCCCAAGGUGAUCAUCCACCCUACCGACACCUGCAAGUUCAAGUUGGAGCUUUGUGAUGAGCAGGACAAGAUCUUCCACUUUGUGGCCCUGUCCAGGACCAUGCGUGACCUCAUCACGCUGCUAGUGCGAACAUUCCACGCUCGGCAGUAUGUGGCCACUUCCUUUGUGCUGAGCAGGCUCUUCCAGGACCCUGCACGACCAGGAGCCCCGCUGACCAACGUCAUGGUGCAGGAGUUCGAUCUGCAGAAACUGGCCGAUCGCCUGGGCAAGGAGCUGGACCGCACUGUGGGCCAGCUGGAAUCGGUCGAGCGAGUGGUGCGGAACUCCAACAACGAGAAGAGGGAGCUGCAGGCACAGCUCAGUGAGACCAUCGGCAGCUACACAGAGGCCAUCGAAAAGCUGCACCAGCAGCUCACCCCGGCGUCCAAAGGCGGUCCUGCUGCCACAUUGCAGCUUCAGAUCCACGAUGGCCGGGCUUUGAGCAGCCGCUUGCAGCUGGAAGCGCAGCAGCUGAGGCAUCGUGUAGAGGAACAGCAGCGAGCAGGGGAGGAGGAUGGCCCUGCAGCGCAGAAACGGGCGCGCGCCAUCGAAGCCUUCAAGGGCGAGAUUGCAAAGCUGCGCGGGCAGAUCAGUGCCCUGGCUGGCAACGCUGAGCUGAGCUCGCAGCGGGACAUGACCCGCGCUGACGAGCUCCGUCGGCUGCGUGCAGAUGUGAACAGUCUCAACCGUGAGAAGGAGUCCUUGGAGAAGUGCGUGGCAGAGGCCGAGAAGGAGAAGUCCGACCUCAUCGAGAACUUCCUCUAUGCCAAGGGAUGCCUGGACAAGCUGCAGAUCGCCUGCAUCAACUCCCCCGCUUGCUCGCCAGAACACGAGCGCCAGGUGGCGCAGCUCCGUGACACCUACAGCCAGGUGGUGGAUGAGCGGAACCGCCUGAUGGUGCGGGUUGAGGCCAUGGACAAGGACCGGGAGAAGCAGAAGCAACUCCGGGAGUCUGCGCUGGAGAAGGUCACCCAAGCCAAUGCUAGGCUUCUCGAAGAGCGCGAUCGCUUGGAGAAGGAGAAGACGCGCGUCUCAGCCUUGUACCAGCAGACCAUGGGCAUGCUGGCGCACUCUGCCAAGGAUGAGGAUGGUGACCUGGCAGAACUGGAGGGCUUGGAGGCGGAGCUGGAGAAAAAGCGGGAGAUCCUGCAGAAGAAGGAGCAGGAGGGCGAGUCCUUGCGGGCUCGUCUCAGACGCUUAGCCAAUGUCUAG